CCACCACUAUUCAACUAUUGCAGUAACUGAAUUAAAUAUGGAUAGAAUUGAUCUGAACCUAAGGAAGAUUUUGGUCAUCAGCACUUUCUCCUUAUUACUCUUCAGUUUAUACCACUUCAUAAAAUGGUAUAUGGAUUACAAUUUGAGAACCAGAAGGAUAUUCAAAGUGAUUCGUAAUUAUAAGACCCCCGCGCAUCUACCUCUUAUUGGGCAUGCUCUCCAAUUUAUGGGAACACCAACCGGCGUACACAGUCACAUUAUCAGAAUUUGCUUCAAGUACGGCCCGAACUUUGCAGUAUGGAUCCUGGACCACAUAUUCAUAGUGGUUGGAAAGCCCGAUGAUGUGGAGAAAAUACUACAAAGCCCAUCUUGUUUGACUAAGAAUGAACUUUAUCGCUUCACCCAUGGCAUCGUUGGAACAGGGCUGUUUACAGCACCUCCGGAGAAAUGGCGUCAACAUAGAAAGAUCAUAAGUCCAACGUUCAACGCCAAAAUUCUGGAAGGAUACCUACCUAUCUUCUGCAAAACAGGAAACAUCUUUGUCGAUGAAAUACUUCCAAAUAACGUCGAUAAAAAAGAUGCAGAUUGGUAUACCCUCUUCACUGCUGUCAAUCUCGAUGUCAUAAUGCAAACCGCAAUGGGAAUUGACAAAGAUGUACAACGUAAGGAUGUGCCGUUUGGCCAAUGGCUAGAGAACGCUAUGAGGUCAUGUUUCAUACGUAUGGUGAAAAUACUUUAUUAUCCCGACUUUAUUUUCUACAGAACAAGAAUGGGAAAAUUACUAAAGAAAUAUACAUAUAAAAUAAAUAAAUUCACAGAAGAGAUCAUUCAGGAAAAAAGAAGAAAGUUUAAAGAAGACCUAGACAACAACGAGUAUAGGCCAGUUCUAGAUGAGGGCUCUACUAGACCUAUCGGUAAGAAAGUAUUCUUGGAUUUCCUCCUCGAACUGGACCAUAAAGGAAUGAAUUUCACAGACAAAGAUUUGAGAGAUGAAGUGAACACCUUCUUUGUCGGGGGAACCGACACAAGUGCAGUUACUGCCUGUUUCUUCCUCACCAUGAUGGGUAUGCACCAAGACAUACAGGAGAAAGUGUAUGAAGAGGUCAUGGGAGUUUUAGGACCAGAAGGACAACCCACCGUAAAAGAUUUGAAUGAGAUGCAUUUUUUCGAAAGAUGUCUGAAAGAAACAAUGAGGCUCUUCACUCCAGCCCCAAUUAUUUUGCGAAAAAAUACAGGAGGAGACUUGAAGAUUUCCGAUGGAGUUAUUCCUGUUGGAGCUUCUAUUGCUAUCUGUUUUUUUUACAUUCAUCGCAGUGAUCUAUAUUGGAAUAAUCCACUAAAGUUCGACCCAGACCGUUUUCUACCAGAAGAAAUGGCCAAAAGACAUCCAUACACUUUUCUACCUUUUUCAGCAGGGUUCAGAGGAUGUAUAGGCCAACGAUUCGCACUGUUGAAUCUGAAGACGCAGCUCAGUCUCAUAAUGAGAAAAUAUAGGAUAUACUGUGAUGCCUACAAAUCCGUAGAAGAAAUACAACUGAAAAGCGUGCUGGUGUUGAGGCCUAUACAUGGUUUUAAGUUUCGAUUGGUUAAAAGACAACAGUAAAUAAAUGCUGAUUCUGUAGAAUACUCAAUGAUUAAAAUUAUGAUUAGUUUUU